GCAUCCUUUCAGAAUCCACACGUUCGCAUGUCACGGGCAAGACAACCCGUUGCGAAGCUCAACCGUACCAACUCGCCAUCUCCCAACACAGAAUCUCAAAUAGUAGAAUUCUGCCAUGUCUCCCGCCAGCAAAAUCGAAGUCCGAACCUACACCCUCCCACCAACAAAGCUCAUCCCAAACUCACCACACGUGCUCAUACACUACCCCGGUCUUCUCACCUCUCUCGUCAAAGACCAAAAAAUCUCCACGACACAGAUAUUUGAUAUGUUCAAAAGCAAUGGCUGGCAAUCGCAAUGGAUCGCACGCUACGGCCCAAACCAAAACUCGCACUACCACUCCUCCGCGCAUGAAUGCAUGGCCGUGAUCUCCGGCGGGCGAGCAAAAAUCCGCUUCGGCGUUGCCGACUCCAAAGAAGACCGGGAGCAAGACCUUGGGCUCGGCACUCAAGGCAAAGACCUGAACGAAGACGACAGAGAAGAAGGGGGUGUUCUGCUUGAUGCGGAAGUUGGCGAUGUUUUCAUUCUCCCAGCUGGGGUUGCGCAUAAGACACAUGAUCCGAGCCCGAAGACGGAUGGCAUUGUGUUUUAUCAGCCGCCGGAUAAGAAUGAUGAGAUAGGGAGUCGAGAGUUCUUUGAGGGGAUACCGAUUGAAGGAGAGUUUAUGAUGAUGGGCGCGUAUCCGAGGGGUGGGGAGUGGGAUUUUGCUGUUGGGGGUGAGCAUGAGGGGCACUUUGAUGAUGUGUGGAAUGUGAAAGUGCCUGAGCGAGAUCCUGUUCUGGGGGCGAGUGUGGAGGGGUUAAAGGGCUUAUGGGCCCUGGAAGAUAAGGCGAAGCUGUAAGGAGGUGCUGGUGAGAAGGUGGACGUUUGAAAGACUGUAAUGUGCGUCAAGCAGUGAAUCUGUAACGAGUCAAGUAUAUAUCAACAGCACAAGCCAGUCUAUGAACAUUCCAAGUCGAGCACACCUCGACU